CGCUUUAUACAAUAACAAACAAUGGAGAUAUCAUCCAAGCUUUUACUUUCUUUCUUCUUCUUCUUUCUCUUUGCUUUCAUGGCUUAUGCUCAAGAUUCACCACAAGACUAUGUGGAUGCCCACAACGCAGCAAGAUCCGAAGUGGGCGUUCCCAACAUAGCUUGGGAUGAUACAGUGGCUCAAUAUGCCCAGAACUAUGCUAACCAACGCAAGGCUGACUGCCAGUUGGUUCACUCCGGCGGCAACUACGGAGAGAACCUUGCCGGUUCCACCGGCGACCUGAGCGGGACGGAUGCCGUGAAGCUGUGGGUGGACGAGAAGGCGAACUAUGACUACAACAGCAACUCGUGUGUUGGUGGUCAGUGCCUGCACUAUACUCAGGUGGUAUGGAACACCUCGGUUCGCCUAGGUUGUGCUAAAGUAACGUGCGACAAUGGAGGAACUUUCAUUGGCUGCAACUAUGAUCCUGCUGGAAAUAUUGUUGGACGAAGACCUUACUGAUCGAGGAAAGCAAAGUGAUUAUGAUGUCAUAAUAUAUAUAUAGCAAAGAAUUAUGUUUUGUGUCAAGAUCAUACGUUAGUGUCAUGGUGUGAUAAUAUGAAUAAAUUUGAAGUACUUUUGUGUGUUAAUGUAUUCUUGUUUAUGAA